GUUAUGCAGAUAGGGCAGUGUGAUAUAUGAGAGGCUGUGCAGUAGCAGUCCACACUUCUCCUCUUUGUUUGUCUCUUUUAACUUGUUUUGUUUCGACAUCGGUCAGAUGUCGUCAAGUCACGUGAAUCUCUUAUUAUAUAUUUAUACGCUUCUAAUUAUAGUCUUCUCUGCCUCCGCCUGCGCCUCUCUCUCUUCUGUAUUUUCCUGAAACAAAACCUUCCGUUUCCAUUUUUGCAGGCUCCACUUUUGCUGGACGUACUGCACUCGAUGACUUCUGCUAAUUAUCAUUCCACUUUUACUAUAGAUCUUAAUGAAGAUCAGCCCCAUCAACUCAUAUUUUACUCCAAAGCUCCUACUGAAGAUGCUUCUUCAUCUUCUUCCAUGUCUUACCCUAAUUUUCUUAACCCUAAUUCUCAUCUUCAAGAACCUCCUGCACACUGUUACCAUCAGCCUUUACCCCAUCACGAACAGGUUUUGCAUCAUGGAUCAUGGGAUGAUCAUCAACCAGCAGUGGACCAGAACACACAUGGUGAAAACUUGACUGCAGUUUGCAAGAAAGACGACGAUGAUCAAAGAGAAAAAAUUUGUGUUAAGUGGAUGUCUUCAAAGAUGAGGUUGAUGAGGAAGAUGAUGCGAUCGGACGAUCAAACGGCUGGCAAUAACAAUAAUAAUAGAGCAGAGAUUUCUAUGCACAAGUCUGAAGAUGCAAAGGGACGUUUGUAUUUGUCAGCUUUACAAGAAGAUAACAACAACACUAGCAACUCAAUUAGGGUUUGUACUGAUUGUAACACUACCAAAACCCCUCUUUGGAGGAGUGGACCAGGAGGCCCUAAGUCGCUUUGCAACGCUUGCGGAAUUCGACAAAGAAAGGCAAGGCGAGCCUUGGCUGCAGCUCAAGCAAAUGCAAAUGGCACAAUUUUGAGUGCUGGCACAGUUUCAAUGAAGAAUAGUAAUGAUAAGGUGAAGAAAAACAAAAAUAAAGAAAAAAAGACGAACAACAACAACAACAACAACAGUCAUCUUCCAUUCAAGAAACGGUGCAAAUUUACAUCUCAAUCUCGAGCAAACCGAAAAAAUAAGCUUUGUUUCGAGGACUUAUCGUCAACAAUCUUGAGUAAGAAUUCGGCUUUUCAACAACUUUUCCCUCAAGAUGAGAAAGAAGCUGCCAUUCUAUUGAUGGCUUUAUCUUAUGGCUUAGUUCAUGGCUGAUUAGUUUUUGCACUAAUGAUAUUUAUUAAUUUCUUUUGAUUAGUUAUAUAAGUUAUUUUAGAGUGAGCUUAAUUAUUAGCUAGAAUGAAUAUUUUGUGUGAGAGAAUAUUGUUUGAUUAGUGUGAGGAAAAUUUAAAAUUAAUUAGAGUGGAUUAGGGCAUGUUGAUAACCAAAUAAUGGAUCACUUGUUCGUCUACAUUGAUUAUGUUGUGUCGUAUCAAGCUUAAUAAAACUAUGUCCAAGGUUUUUGUUUC